AUGGAGAUUGAGGCCGUGGAAUCAAAUGGCUCGCACGGCGGCGCCGAUCGCCGGACACCCAAGAGAGAUCGCCGCAUCUUCUGGGCCUGCGCCUUCAUCCUCGCGAAUAACUGCUUCCAGUGCAUCGCCUACUUCGCCGUGUCGACGAACCUAGUGAACUACCUCAAGGACCGGCUGCACGAGGGCAGCAAGGCCGCCGCGAACGGCGUCACCAACUGGAUGGGCACGAGCUCCAUCACGCCGCUCGUUGCCGCCUUCCUCGCCGACGCCUUCCUCGGCAGAUACUGGACCAUCGCGCUCUUCCUGGUCAUCUCCUUCGUGGCCUACGUGGUGCUCACGGUGAGCGUGGCGGUGGCGCUGGAGAGCGUGGCCUUCUACGCGGGGCUAUACCUGUUGGCGCUGGGCGGCGCGCUGCAGCCGGUGCUGACGUCGUUCGGCGCGGACCAGUUCGACGAGUCCGACGAGGAGGAGCGCGGGCGGCAGAACUCCUUCUUCAGCUGGUUCUACCUCUCCAUCAACGUCGGCUGUCUGUUCGGCGGCACCGUGCUGGUGUGGGUGCAGUCCAGUGUCAGCUGGGAGCUUGGGUACGGCAUCCCCGCGCUCUUCAGCGUGCUGGCCGUCGCGGUCUUCCUGGGCGGCACCACCGCGUACCGCCGGCACCAGCCGCCGGCCGGCAGCCCGCUCACCAGGGUAGCGCAGGUUGUCGUCGCCGCGUUCAGGAAGUGCGGCGUCGAGGUGCCGGUAGACGCGUCGACGCUGCACGAGUGCGAGGACGUCGACGGUAUGUCCGCGAUACAGGGGAGCCGCCGACUCGCGCACACCGAUCAGUUCAGGUUCCUGGACAAGGCAGCGGUGGAGACGGCGACCGACAAGGCGGCGCGUCCGGCGAGCGCGUGGCGUCUGUGCACGGUGACGCAGGUGGAGGAGCUCAAGUGCGUGCUCCGGCUGCUGCCGGUGUGGGCGAGCGGCAUCAUCUUCGCGGCGGCGUACACGCAGAUGACCACCACCUUCAUCCUUCAGGGGGACACGCUGGACCCGUACGUGGGCGGCUUCCGCGUGCCCGCCGCCGUGCUCUCCGUCUUCGACACGCUCAGCGUCAUGCUGUGGGUGCCGCUCUACGACAGCCUCGUCGUCCCGCUGGCGCGCCGCGCCACGGGCCACGACCGCGGGUUCACGCAGCUGGCGCGCAUGGGCGUGGGCCUCGUCGUGCUCACGCUAGCCAUGCUCGCCGCGGGGGCGCUGGAGGUGGCGCGGCGCGUCGUCAUCGCGCGCCACGGCAUGUACGACACCAACACCGGCGUUGACGGGCGGUACCUGCCGCUGUCCAUCUUCUGGCAGGUGCCGCAGUACGUGGUGGUGGGCGCGUCCGAGGUGUUCACGUCGAUCGGGCAGAUGGAGUUCUUCUACGACCAGGCGCCCGACGCGAUGCGGAGCCUCUGCUCGGGCCUCUCCAUGACGUCCUCCGCGCUGGGGAACUACGUCAGCUCCGCGCUCGUCACCGUCGUGGCGCGCGCCACCGCGCGGGGCGGCCGGGAUGGCUGGAUCCCCGACGACAUCAACCGGGCGCACCUCGACUACUUCUUCUGGUUGCUCGCCAUGCUCUGCGUCGGCAACUUCGGUGUCUACCUGCUCAUCGCGCGCUGGUACACGUACAAGAAGACCGUGGAUUAA